AAUUGCAAAUAGGUCCCCGCUGCGGCUAUUUUUUAAAAAUUUGCCACAGUCCGAUGAUUUAUUAGUCUAUUUUUGUUUUCAAAGGAACAAUAAUCAAAGAAAGAUUACACAGGUAACGUAAAAAACUACCCUAAUAAUUUGGCCCGAUUGCAACGCUCCACAAUGCCAAGUGAAAUAAUUACCCUGCAGCUGGGACAAUGCGGAAAUCAAAUUGGCUUUGAGUUCUGGAAGAGAUUGUGCCUUGAGCAUGGCAUCUCGCCGAGCGGCGUACUGGAGGACUUCGCCAACGAUGGCAUGGACCGGAAGGAUGUGUUUUUCUAUCAGGCUGACGACGACCACUACAUACCGCGGGCAGUGCUUUUAGACCUGGAACCAAGAGUUAUUAAUAACAUAAUGGGGUCAGCUUACUCCAAGCUCUAUAACCCCGAAAAUGUAUACCUAUCUAAACAUGGCGGUGGAGCUGGCAACAACUGGGCCUCCGGUUACAGCCAGGGUGACAAGCUGCAAGAGGAGGUUUUUGACAUCAUUGACCGCGAGGCCGACGGAAGCGAUUCGCUGGAGGGCUUUAUACUAUGUCACUCGAUUGCGGGUGGCACGGGUUCGGGAAUGGGUUCUUUUAUCAUGGAACGGCUGGCGGACCGCUAUCCUAAAAAGCUGAUACAAACGUUUAGUGUAUUUCCAAAUCAGGACGAAAUCAGUGACGUUGUUGUGCAGCCCUAUAACUCCAUGUUAACCCUGAAGCGACUGACCACGGCGGCGGACAGUGUGGUCGUUUUAGACAACACAGCCCUCAACCGAAUCGCCUGCGAUCGCCUACACAUCCAGAAUCCGAGCUUUUCCCAGAUCAACAAUCUGGUUUCCACCAUAAUGAGCGUAAGCACGACCACGCUGCGGUAUCCGUCUUACAUGAACAACAAUCUCAUCGGUCUGAUGGCGCCCCUGAUCCCGACACCCCAGUUGCACUUUCUCAUGACCGGUUACACGCCGCUAACGAGCGACUCGGACGUCAACUGCCAACAAACGGUUAAUGUGCGCAAGACCACUGUCUUAGAUGUAAUGCGUCGUCUGCUGCAGCCCAAGAACAUGAUGGUGUCCACAGGGCCUGACAAGUCUAACCACCACCGCUACAUUUCCAUCUUAAAUAUCAUCCAGGGAGAGGUAGAUACCACUCAGGUGCACAAGUCGCUGCAGCGCAUUCGGGAUCGCAAGAUGGCGCAGUUUAUUCCCUGGGGGCCGACCUCCCUUCAAGUGGCCCUCUCCCGAUCCUCGCCCUACGUGCAGAGCAACCAUCGCGUUUCCGGCCUGAUGCUGGCCAACCACACAAGCAUCUGUCUGCUGUUCGAGCGGGCACUGAACCAGUACGACAAGCUGCGCAAGCGCGGCGCUUUUCUAGAUCAGUUUCGGCGCGAGGACAUCUUUAAGGAUGACCUGUGCGAGCUGGACGAUUCGCGCGAAACGGUCGACUGCCUGGUACAGGAGUACGAGGCAGCCACGCGUGAAGACUACCUUCAAUUUUCUGUUAAGCCGCGAAACUGCGAUACAAAAUCGGAGGACGCCAAGUCCGUGACCAGCGCCGGUGUCUAGGUCGCUCGUGACACCAAUGAUGUGUGCCAUGGAUUUUCUCGAAUGUAUUUUACAAUUUAAUUUAACGUCGGGAUUCGAAACCCCAAAGUAUUGACAUGCACAUAGUUUGUAAGAGUCUCUGUAAAUGCUGUUGUGUAUUGACCGUAAUUUAACGUUUGUAUUUCGUUUGUUGCUAAUUGCACAGUAAAGCAAAUUUAAUCAACAAAAGUUUUAAUAAUAAAACACUCGUUUGGAAUUUUUCGAUGCAUGUA